GUCCGUGUGUUGUGGUCUGUGGGCUUCAGUCCGUGUGCUUUGGUCCAUGCGUGUUACAGCCACCACCCUCACUGCGUCUGUCUCAUGGUGUCUCUCUGUGUCCCCUCAGACGAGCUCACGAGCUGUCUAGACUGUGACGGUUUGGUCGGCGGACUCUGCGAUGACUCGUUGUCCUCGGGGACGGUCCGCCGCUCGUUGUCGGCUCCUCAGCCGCCAUCCCUGGACCCCGCCUCCUCAGUGGCGUCCUGCGACUCCCAGUCCAAGUACCACCGCAACCUGGUGGCCCGAAACGGCAGCGACAUCUACCGCUACCCGAGCCCACUGCAUGCCGUGUCCGUGCAGAGCCCCGCCUUCCUGCAGGCGCUGGGUCACGGAGGCAGAGAAGAGGCGCCUCUGCGGAGCGGCGAGGCAGGCGGCGAGUCUUUCCCUCUUCCUGUUUCUGCUCCUCUCGUCUCUCAGAGCUUCUCCUGGCCGGCGCCGUCCUCCUCUUCCUCCCAAAUGCCUCCUCACAAGCGUCUGGACGGCUACAUCUAUGGGCUGCUGCAGCGUAGGGCGCCGCACAUCAGGACCAGCAGACCCCGGACCAGCAUCUGCACUGAGCCGUCAAAGAGCGUCCUGCGGCAGGCCAGCCUCUGCAGGAGGACUCUGAGGGGGCCGCGCCUGGCGGCCGCCGUGUCUCCACAGAGACAGCAGUCUGUGGACAGUAAACCUGAGGAGCAGCAGGAUGUUUUCACUGAAGGUGGCGUCGACACGAUGGCCAUCAGCGCCGUCUCACAGAUCCAGAGCAGCUGUCCGCUAAGCGACGGCGUCCAGGACGCCAACACGCUGCUCAAACUUAAAAACAAAAGACUUCCUCCUGUCGCGGCAUCCACAGCUGCUCCGCCCAAAGACUUCAGGGAGCUGGGCGUUCCUAGAGCUAACUCCUCCCCCAAACACGCCAAGCCACCAUGUUUCUUUCCCGAACCAGAAGUGCAGUCCGCGACCCCCAAACACGCCACCAAGCGUCAGACCAUCCCCACAGAGACAGCCGACAGGUCAGCCAGUCUCGGCUCCUCCUCCCAGAGUCCAGAGGACGCAGGAGGUCACAUGGUCAACGCCAAGUACAUUCCCGCCCAGCGGCAGAGCGUCAAACUCCGAAAGGGCGGCAGUAAGAACGUCAAGACGGUCAAAAUGAAGACAAGUCUGGCGUCUGAACACAAUGAGCCUCCGUCAGGGAGACGAGGAGAAGUGUCCCACCACUGCUCCAUGAAGUCCCGCCCGCUGGACAAUGGCGGCUCCGUCAGAGUGUCCAGGAGGGCAGCCGGCGGCGGCAGUGGACACGCGACGUCUUCCUCCAGGAUCAGUUGCCUCCCUGCGUCCAUCCCAGAGGGCCGAGUCCUGGACAAACACUCCACGUCCACGCUGAGCAGCGUGCGCUCAUCCAGGCACCAUCACCAUGGAAACCACCAUCACCACCAUCAUCGUCAUCAUGGGCGCGACCAGGUCGUGGUCGUCGCCAAACCGAAGUACAAACGGAAUGAUUACCGACGGCUGCGUGCGAUCAUGGAGGUGCCGUACGACGAGGCGUUCAGGCGCACUCAGCGGCGGCAGCGGAAGGAGCUGCUGAGCCGUUCUCACGACUUCGUUCCCGCCGCCGAGCAGGCGAGCAGCCAGUACGCCUACGUGGCAGGAAGUGACUCUGAGUACUCGGCCGAGUGCGCGUCUCUGUUUCACUCCACCAUCGUGGACACCAGCGAGGACGAGCGGUCCAACUACACCGCCAACCGCUUCGGAGACAGCGAGUCCAGCGAGGAGGACGCUGAGGAGAGCAGCGCCGCCAGUGACACGGAGGAGAGUGGAGGGGGCGGCACCGGCAGGGGGCAGAGCCAGCUAGCAGCAGCCGGGGCGGCGGGACAGGAAGUGAGCGCAGCUCAGGUGAAGGCCUUCGUCAAGAUCAAAGCGUCACACAACCUGAAGAGGAAGAUCCUUCGCUUCAGGUCGGGCUCGCUCAAACUCAUGACCACCGUGUGACGCCAAACCGACCACCGCCACAUCAGCCGGCGUGCCUUAACCUCGCAUUUCUAAUGGAUGCGACCUUACGGUGCCGCAGGGAGUGGAACGAACACUUUUAACCCUUUAAUGCCCGGAGCAACAAAAGUUUUCUCAUUCAUUUGUCUUCACGUGGAUUUUAACUUCUGAAACGGGACAAAACUAAAACACGGAAAAAAUAUGACGAGCAGCUUGGCGAGAAAUGUCCGGCAAACUGCAAAAAAUCAGCCAAA